AUGAGUUCUCCACAUGAUGCUAAUGGGUCGCGACCAGAAACGGACCCACGCUCGAAUCAUGAACAUUAUCAUGGCUUGCAGACUGGCUCAUACACAGAUCAGCAGCUGCGUCAUGCUUCUGCCAACCAUUUGCAUAUGACGAACCGGCGAUUUUUCGUCGGUCCAAUCCCACAUGGCUGGCUGCAAGGUCAUCGCAAGUCCUGGUAUAAAUCUCGAUUGAGAGUCAGAAACUAUACAUCCCAGACCGUCUCGUUCUCUGCAGGCCCCGUUGCGACCCAUUACGGCGAACAGGGUGAUCGGUCCGGCCCGUUGUUACCCGAUUUGGAUGAGGAGGCCGCCCUGGCACUUACCAACACAAGCACGGAGGCUGUCGAGGCGCAAGAUGAUGAGGCGGAAACAGAGACACAAGAAGAAGCUGCAGCAGAACCUACGGGGGAACUCCAGACCCUAACCCACCCUGAAGCUGAGGCCAGCGGUGACGAUCCUUUACUGGAAGAGGAUACAGAGACCAGAGAACAUAGAGGGGGAGAUCACGAAGAAUAUAGCAGAGAUGAUGGUGGAGAGAACAGUGGAGAGGAUACAGACAGCACCCCCAAGGCCAGAACAAGUGGGAAAAUCGACAUAUACGGCAAUGAUGUUGCUUCGUCUUCGUUUGUCACCGCCAGAGAAGAGGCCGCCAGCUCUGCAGACACGGGACAAUCAAUAGCCACCAUACGAGCUAGCGAAGUGGAGCCUGGGCUGCGGCCAAAGUCCCCGGGCUCACACAACACGGUUUUGACCGGUCAUUAUUCUCCCAACCCUCUGACCCCCAAUCCAUCCACGGUUCCAAGCGAGGCCGAUUCAGCAACACAGUUGCUUCGACGCGAGUACAAGGAUAAAGGGAAGCAGAAAAGCAAGGCAUCUGGCGUGUCUCGAGCAACACUUCAACACCACGACCCACAAGAUGAAGAUGAUGCCGGCGAAGAUGCGCAAAUCCAACGGAGAGUCACUAGGAAGAUAGCGAAAUUCAACCUAGAUGACAACCUCAGGCACAGGAAGCAAAAGGUGCGCUCCAAGAUCGCAAAGACCCAAGGUAUUAUCUCUGCCAAUCGACCGCACCGACGCAAAGUGCAAGAUGGAGAGAUUGUCAAAGUAGAGAAAAUGCUGGUCUGUGUGGAAGAGACUCUGCAGACCACACUUCCCGCCGACUACACCGAGAAUGACAGCCUGCGUAUGGAAACAAGGACGAUGGACAAAUGGAGAGAGUUUCUCGUGGUAUGCCGCAAAAUCUCUGCAGAACACACACCAUUUGCCAUCCAGAUGUACCGCACUCGUGUAAUUCCUGAUGUGCAACGACCGAAUAACAAAACGCCUCCUUAUUACGAAGUACGGCUCAAUCACAAAGAUACCCAUGUUAAUCUCUAUUCCCACCUCGACAAGACCAUCGUUAUUUGGCGUCCUUGCAAGCGUGGAACCAAAAUAUUCAUUCUUCGUCCAAAGUCCGCGGCGCAUUCUGCUGAAUGGUACACUUUCAUUCGCCAGGUGCUUGGAUGGCGGCGUCCCACCUCGCUCCCUAUUCACGUCCCUGAUCUGGGGAUUUCCCUCAUUUUCAAAAAUCCUUUCGACCAGCUCGAGACAGAACUGAAAGAAGAUAAUGCAGCAGCAGCAGUCGAUAACAAAUACGCUGCCGCUACUAUCAUCCGAGGAUGCAUGGAUAUGCUCGAAGGCCGUGCCGAGUGGGCCGAGGUCUUGAAAGCUUGGUCCAAGACCGAGAAGAUGGGACUUGCUUGGAAGCGGUACGAUCGACUUGAAUGGAUUUUUGGAGUAAACGAGGAAAAGAUGCAUGGGGCUAUGGCGAUGCAAUCAUCUCACGAACUUGAGUUACGACCAAGGCAUCAUUAUGCUACCAGAAUUAGGCAUCGGGGCAUACAGGAGGAGCCUGCCCCGAUCGAAGGAUUUCUAGUCCGUCUCACAUCCCAGAAGGGUGUGCAUCAGCGGAUGAACAAGAUGUUCUUCAAACGGUUGUACUUCUUUACUCAAGAUCAUUAUUUGUUUUUCUGUCGGCCAGCCAAGGCAUUCCCCCCACAACCGCCGAAAUGCGCUCCCCCAGAAGACGGAAGUAUACCAACUGCCCGUGAAAUCUUGGAUCAAAUGCCGCUCUCCUGGAAUAUUGAUCCUUAUCCGCUUGAAAAUGGCGAGAUUGCAUGGCUCUCCAGCGGCAAUCAGGAAUUUGUGAAACGGCAUGAUGAAGAGGCUUAUGCACACGUGCAGAGGAAUAUACACAAUAUCAGCCAGGCAGAUGGAUGUAUCGAUAUGUGUCGGGUGCAAGAAGUGCGCCAUGUCUAUCGUGGCAGCUGCCCUGCCGACCCCGACAUCGGGGAAGGGCCAUCUGUAGACUUCCACCCUGAACCUAGAGACUCACGACAGGAUGACGGAGCAACGCGAGAGUUUGAUGACGAUAGGACAUUUGAAAUGGUUCUCGAUAAUGGUCUUGUUAUUCGACUCCAGGCAUAUGAUGAUGCUACACGGGAUGAGUGGAUCAAACGACUCGAUGCGCUUGUGAAGUAUUGGCAGACUCGCUGCGCAGAUGAUGCCGCGGAACUGCAGGCCGUACGGAAGCGCAAUCUCAAGCUGUUGGACAUCGACGAAGCUAUGGAAUCCGUUAUUGGGCAGUUCGCAAAAAAGUGGGAAGUGAAGAAAGCCGAGGCAUCUCCAUACUUACACAACAUGUGCUCGCUGUCUGGUUGUCGGAUUAUCAAGAUGUCCGGCCACCUCUUUCGGAAGCCCCGUCGCCACACUACUUUUUACCAAUGCCAUGUCAUCCUCACAGCAGGCAAGCUGUUAAUUUUCCGAAGCACGCUGCGCAGUCGAACCGGCACCGAGAUUCCACACAUUCACCAAGAACUUGAAGCGACCAUCGGGCUGGAAGACUGCUAUAUUUAUUCUGGUUUGAUUACCGAGAACGAUUUGCUCUAUGCCAAUCAGACAUUUGACAGUAAUAACCCUGGCCUUCAUGCUCUGCCACGGGUGUACCUCGAUUCAAAUGCCUUCACAAGUCGCGACGAGGACACCGCUAUCACCUUUGUGAUCUGGCAACCCUUGAGUAAAAGCUACUUCCGAGCCCAGGAAAUAGGGGAGCAAGGCAAAGCCAAACGAUCCUUGCGUCAUGUGUCUACGCUAGGAAAGCAUGGCCGCACCAUCGUGUUCAAAGCACGUAGUCGUGUGGAAAAGGACCGUUGGGUGAUGAGCAUUUCCUCGGAAAUAGACCGUCUCCAGGAAGAGAAACAUGAAGAUAUACGGCUUGUUUCUCUAUAA